GCUUCGUCUCUCUUCGGAUGUCUGACUGACGGAGAAACAUCUUGUUUGAAGAGGCUGAAAGUCAUUAAUGAUGGAGAGAAUUGCUAAUGAGCGACGCGUGAGCUGCUGGAUUAUUAAUGAACGCGCUGGAUUACGCGCGUCAGGACGCGUCACGAUCCAUCAACGCGUUCACCAUUAGAACAGCUGGAGCUCAACGGGUGCAGCGCUGCAGUCAGUCUUCAGUAUGAGAGCGGCUCUGAACAUCAGUGUUGCUGUGGUUCUGUUGCCGAUCUUCAUGUGUCAUCAGACAACAAGGCAGAUCCGGUCUGAUCCACAGCAGACUGGUUCUGAAGGCACGCCGUCGAGGUCGUGGAGCUCCUGGGGUUCGUGGGGCGAGUGUUCGCGCUCCUGCGGCGGAGGAGUUCAGGAACAGAACAGAGUCUGUCUGCCACACUAUCCAGCAGUCCGUGAUGCAUUAGCAGCACCGCAGAGCCCCGCGGCACAGAACACGGCCUCAAACACGCCUAACCAGAGACGCCUGAGCGUCGGCAGAUACGGAUGGAGAGCGAACAGUAGCCGCAUCAGUCCAGGGACGUACGGAUACGGCAGGAUGCCAUAUGUAACGUCUCUACAGAAAGAAUCCAGCCGAACGUCCCACAAACAGAGACGUUCAGCAUCAAACUUCCCACACCAGAGUUACAGGACUCAUCAGAGAAACCCGUAUCAAAACACCCGCUAUCACACAGCCGCCCAGCCGCCCACUGCUGCCCAACACACCCAACCACAGAUGAACACAGCGGCAGUGCAGAGCAGACCGUACAACCCGCUACCAAACACCUCCUGCCCUGGAGCCCCGAACCGGCACAAGAUCUGCAACAGCAUGGCCUGUCCGUCACCCAGCAGACCAAUCCGAGAGCUGCAGUGCUCCACGUUCAACACGCAGCCCUUCAUGGGCCAAUUCUACCAGUGGGAACCUUUUAAUGACGUUUCCAGCGAGCAGCGCUGUGAGCUCAACUGCCGCGCCGUCGGCUUCCGUUUCUACGUUCGUCAGGCGGACAGAGUCAUCGACGGCACUCCGUGUGGACAGAACCAGACGUCUGUGUGUGUGGCGGGACAGUGUCAGAGCGCCGGCUGUGAUGAUCUCCUGGGCUCUGGUAGGGUUCCUGAUAAAUGCGGCGUGUGCGGCGGAGACAACAGUGCGUGUAAGCUCGUCUCUGGCCUUUUCCAGCACAGUCUGUCUAAAGUGGGCUAUCACAAGAUCGUGGAGAUCCCGCCGGGAGCCACCAAGAUCAACGUCACCGAGAUGGUGAAGAGCAGGAACUACCUGGCCCUGCUCAGCCGGUCUGGCCGAUCCAUUAUUAAUGGAAACUGGGCCAUCGACCGUCCAGGAAUGUAUGAGGGAGUGGGAACGAUGUUCACGUACCGGCGGCCGAAUGAGAUCAGCAGCACCGCGGGAGAGUCCUUCCUAGCCGAGGGGCCGACCAAUGAGAUCCUGGAUGUGUUUAUGAUCUACCAGCAGCCCAAUCCAGGCGUUCAUUAUGAGUUCCUCAUGCCGUCAGAGAACGCUGUAGAUGCUCCGCGUCCUAAACAGAACCAGCUGGACCUGAAUGCUGUGAACGGUCCGGCUGGUUCUGAUGCGAACGGCCCGUUGACCCCGGAGGAUCACGAGAGGUCAGGGGUCAGCUAUCCUCCUCCCGUCCCGGAUAAUCAGCUUCCCGCAGCUCCGCCUUCAACCAGAGCCAGAGAAUACAACUGGAAACUCAGCGGCACCACAGACUGCAGCGCCUCCUGUGGACGAGGAAGCAGGUUCUCUGUGUUCGUCUGUGUUCACCGAGGAUCUCACGCUCUCGUGCCGAUCGAUCUGUGCGACAGCAGAACCAAACCCAGCCCUCAGGAGGAGCCGUGUAACGUCCAGCCCUGCCCUGCCUUCUGGGACAUCGGCGAGUGGUCCGAGUGCAGUAAGUCGUGUGGUUUGGGAGUACAGUAUCGUCAGGUCCUGUGUCGUCAGGCGUACAGUAACCGCACGCUGAGCGUUCACAGCAGCCGCUGCCGGCACAUGGAGCGACCCGAGACCAGCAGCUCCUGCCAGCUGAAGAUCUGCAGCGAGUGGCAGAUCCGCUCCGACUGGAGCCCCUGUUCGGUGCCCUGCGGUGUAGGCCAAAGGUCACGUGAGAUGCACUGUGUCAGUAAUGUGGGUGAUAUCGUGGCUGAUGACGAGUGCAACAUGAAGCUGCGUCCGAGCGACGUGGAGAACUGUGACGCAGGUGUGUGCACCAAGAGCUGGUUCUUCAGCGACUGGAGCGCACAGUGUUCGGCGGACUGUGGCGCGGGGGUGCGGACACGCAGCGUUCAGUGCCUCACCAAUCACAUCAGCAGUCUGCCUCUGGAGCGCUGCGGGGCCCAACGGCCCCCCGAGGCCCAGCCCUGCAACAACGGCCCCUGUGAGAGCCGCAUGGAGUGGUUCACCGGGCCCUGGAGUCAGUGCUCGGCGGAGUGUGGCUCCGGUAGUCAGCAGAGGGCAGUGGUGUGUCUGAUGAGGUCUGACGAGGGUUUCGUCGUGAUGCCGUCGUAUGAGUGCUCGUCUCUGGACAAACCUCUCAGCCAGCAGAGCUGCUUCAUCAAGACCUGCGGAGCCAAGUGGUUCCACACCGACUGGAGCGCGUGCUCAAAGACGUGUGAGACGGGGUACCGCGUGCGAGAGGUGCGCUGUCUGAGCGAUGACAUGACCACCAGCGACCUCUGCGAGGAAACGCUGAAGCCUCAUGACAAGGAGGAGUGUCACCCUGAGCCCUGCCUGCCUCUGAUUGAUGAGAAGUGUCGUGAUAAAUACUUCAACUGUAACGUGGUGGUGCAGGCGCGUCUCUGCGUGUACGACUACUAUCAGAUGGCGUGUUGCGUGUCCUGCAAGCGUGUGGCGCAGAGGAGCUCCGCACACUGGAGACAGCGAUCGUGAUCGAGUGAUGAUGAGAUCAGUAUGUACUCAGUGCGUCACGCAUGAACACUAGAGCGCAUGAUCAGGAGAGAAUCCCUGCGUUAGCAACCACUUCACUUCUGUUCACACUGCGGAUUUAAAGUGAAUUCAGCGUUAUUCAGAGUGAAUGUGAUCAGAACAGACUGGAUCUCUGAGAGGAGUGGCGUUGUGUAGAACUGUGAACGUGUUCAGUUCACUGCAAAACUGGAUCCGGUUCCUCAGAUCUGAAACGCAGAUCCGGUUAGACACGCUUUCUUUGGUCUCUUAUUAAACUCUCAUCUACGGGCUUCAAGAGCAAAAACACAAAGACAGUGAUUCAUACUGACAGAAUUAACAUAUGGAGCUAAAAUAGUCUCAAAAUUAAUGUGUUUACAAAAUAUGGUUCACAAAUGCAAUAGCUAAGUCACAUUCACAAAACAAAGCCUUUAUGUAUAAUGCAUUAUGUACGUUAUAAUGCAUUAAAUCUUUUCAUAAAUAAUUGCAACCAAAGUUACUAUGCAUUAUAGGUUUGUUUGCCAUGUUUUAGUGCAUUAUAUUUUCUAAAGGUGUAACAAUU